CUCGCCCGAUACGGCAAUACAUUGAUGAGUGCAUGUAUCUAACCUCUUUAGACCGGUACAUCGGGAUAAAGCAUUGAAAUAUUCCAACACGUGGACGGUGGAUUAGCACUAUCUUCUCUCCUCCACCGUUGUAUAUAUUUGAGGCCACACCACCCGUCUCUCCAAUUCACAUCGUUCAAUAGUUGUUGCAUUGUUCUCUGAAAUAUUUAAUCUCUUUUCGAAUCUCUGAAAAUGUCGUCGUGCUGCGGAGGAAACUGCGGAUGUGGAUCUGAUUGCAAGUGCGGCAACGGCUGUGGAGGAUGCAAGAUGUACCCAGACUUGAGCUAUGCCGAGAGGACCACGACCGAGACCGUCGUCCUCGGCGUUGCACCAGAGAAAUCUCUCUUUGGGGAAUCUGAGACGGGUGUUAGCGCGGAGAAUGGCUGCAGGUGCGGAGCUGAUUGCAAUUGCAACUGCUCCAAAUCUUAGAUGAGAAGGGUUGGGUCGAGUCGUGUGAUAUAGCCAGAAGCAGAGAUCGGUAGAAAAAUAAUAUAAGCGUCUGGCGUCUGUUGUUUUGGUUACUUUAGACCUAGUAAGCAUAAUAUAAUAACGUAGCUACGGUUUCUCUUCUGCGGCGGCCGUUGUUGCUGCUUGUUUGGUGUCCCUGUUCAAAGAAAUGCCGUUUUAUGGUUGGGAAGAGGGUGUUGAAUGAAUGAUACUCCUUUCCUA